UUAGGAUAGGAUAUCUAGUGGUUCAUGCGAGAAAAAAUGAUGGGCAUGCAGAGAGGUGAAAAUGCUUGACAGUUUUGAGAGAGAGGGUGAUGGAUUUCAAAGAUAUGAUUUGAGGGUGACUUUGGCGAAAGGAGAGAGACGUGGGUUUGAUUUUCUCACCAAAGUGAGAAACUUAGGUGAUGGUGGGGUUAGGGUUCUUUGAUUUGAUUUGAUGGUACAUCUGCAUGCAGAAGCAAAGCAAGCAGGAGCAGUAGAACAGUGCAUUCACUCAUUCAUGCAUUAAGCAAGCCAAUGACGAGUUUGUUCACUCACUCACUCAACAAUCUCUCAUUUCCCUGUUCCUUCUUUCCCUCCCUCCCCUUCCCUACACCUCAAUAAUAAUGCCUGCAUCGUCUUCUCUCUCUUUCUGUCUGUUCCUUCUUCUUUUUCUCUCUCUUUUUCCUGCUUGCCAAACGUAAAGGUGACGCCUCUCUUCUGUACUCCUCACUCAUCCCUUCUUUCUCAAAACAACCCCAAAAGCUAAAAAAAAACAAUCUCAUCUUUCCUUUCUGCUUUCACUUUCCUUCCUUCUUCUUAGUAUUUCAUUCAUCUUUCCUUCCUUCUUUUCCCACAAGGUCACUCCUGGUUUUGAUUUCGCUCCUUUUUUUGUGUUUUUUUUAUAUUUUUUUUUGGGUUUUGGGAAGCCAUGAAAGAGAGGAGAAGCAAAGGGGUUGAGGCGGUGGCUUACCAUCACGAUCAUGACUUGAUGGAUUACCAGUAUUACUCUACUUCUUCUGAUCUUCCUUGUAAGAGGCAUCCUUCUUCUUCUUCUGUAGGUAUCUGCGCUUACUGUCUCAAAGAUCGUUUGGUGAAGCUUGUGUGCUCUGAUUGUGGCGAGCAGAGGCUUUCCUCUUGUUCUUGCUCUGAGAUCUCUCCCAAUCGGAACUCCUGCACAGUCGAGGUCGGGAGCGUCGGGAGAGUUUCCUUCCUGAUCGAGAAUGAGAAGAGUGAGACCUUGAUUCCGCAUUCUAAACCUAAAUUGCAGGAUAAAGUGGAGGAGUUCGUGAUUCUCAGGAGGACCAGCAGUAACAGCGUCGACCUCAAGAGAAGUGGAAGGUUCUGGAGAAUCGGGAAAUUGUUCAGGAAGAAGAAGGAGAAGGAUUGCGGCAGAAGCGUUAUUGGUGGAUUCGACGAGAAAAGCGAUACAUGGGCUGGCGAUCACGGAGGCGUAUCUAGGUCCAGAUCUCUCUGUAGUUUCCGGAACGGCGGUGUAUUCGGAUCUGAAGAUGGUGGCGAUUCAAUCUUAUCGGGAGCCAGGAGCUCCAUUUCUGCGGCGAGAAGCUCCGGCGUGAACGGCGGUCUGCUUCUUGAAUCCGGAAGAAGAAGUGGCUACAGUGAAGCAGAACCCAGAAGGAGUGGAUUUGAUGGCGAGAAGAGAGAUUCAUUCAUGGACGUUGAUGGAGGAUUCUACGGGGUAAACAGACGCGUGUUUUCACUGAGAGAGAGUGAUUUCAAAGGCAUGGACGAGUCAAGAUUCAUAGACUUGAAGCUUGAUUUUUCUUCAGAAUCAAAACCAGAGUAUCCAUCUGCAAAACUGGGUGAUAGCAUGUCUGCAUUUGGGAGCACAAGAUGUGGGAAUUUCAUGAGCAACGAAGGAGAUGGAGAUUUAAGGAGUGGAGGAUCAUGUAGGAUCACUGUAAAUGACAGAGGAGUCAAGAGGGGAAGAAGAAGCAUGAAGAGUUGGCGAUGGAUUUUCAGGCACCAUGGAAAUGGAAAGAAAAAGGAUGAAGAAGAUCUGGUGUUCAAAACUUGAUGAUAUAGUAAUAGCAGAGUAUCGAUCAAUCAAACAAGAAUUGCAGGGCAAAAACCAACAAACCCAUCUUCAUUUGUAGCUUUUGAUUAGAUUAGUGUUUAGUCUGUGAUUUAAAUUCUCCUCAGUUGUAGUUUGAUCACUUAGUCAUAUUACAUUACCUCUCUUCCUCUCUGUAAUAAUGCUUCCUGGUAAAUGCUUACUAGAAAGAGCUCAAUACUUAAAUUA